AUCUGUUAAGUGUGUGAGGAUGACAUGUCCUUUGACGGAUCCUGCUAUCAUGAUGGACAUGACAGAGAUGAGGCACAGUUGAUCUGCCAGCAAGGUGGUGGCAGUUUGGCCAUCGUAUCUUCCGAAGAAGAAUAUGACUUCAUGGUGGCUAACUUUGGAGAUGAUACAUUCUAUGUGGGAGCCCAAUGGAAUGGCAACGAGUGGGUUUGGGACGAUGGAACCACUAUAGAUCCGAACAUUCUGCCAUUGCUUAAUUUGCCUGAUGGCGAUGCUGAUAAUAGCUGCCUAAUGAUGGAUGCCGGCGUUUUGACACCCACGUCUUGUGAUAUUGCAAUGGGAUUCCUUUGUGAGACACCUGAGACACCUGAGACACCCGGAGUGUGUGAAGAUGAUGAUGACAUGUACUACGACGGAUCCUGCUAUCAUACUGGUUCUGAUAGGGAUGAGGCACAGUUGAUCUGCCUACAAGGUGGUGGCAGUUUGGCAAUUGUAUCUUCCGAAGAAGAGUAUGAUUUCAUGGUGGAGAACUUUGGAGCUGGUACAUUCUAUGUGGGAGCCAAAUGGGAUGUGAAUAACAACGAGUGGGUUUGGGACGAUGGAAGUACUCUGGAACCGGGCGUUGUGGCAUUGCUUGAUUUGCCUGCUGGUGAUGCUACUAAUUCCUGCCUAAUGAUGGAUGACGGCGUUUUUACAGCCACUUCUUGUGAUAUUGCAAUGGGAUUCCUUUGUGAGACGCCCACAGUGUGUGAGGAUGACAUGUCCUUUGACGGAUCCUGCUAUCAUGAUGGACAUGACAGGGAUGAGGCACAGUUGAUCUGCCAGCAAGGUGGUGGCAGUUUGGCCAUCGUAUCUUCCCAAGCAGACUAUGACUUCAUGGUGGCCAACUUUGGAGAUGAUACAUUCUAUGUGGGAGCCCAAUGGAAUGGCAACGAGUGGGUUUGGGACGAUGGAACCACUAUAGAUCCGACCAUUCUGCCAUUGCUUAAUUUGCCUGAUGGCGAUGCUGAUAAUAGCUGCCUAAUGAUGGAUGCCGGUGUUUUGACACCCACGUCUUGUGAUAUUGCAAUGGGAUUCCUUUGUGAGACACCUGAGACACCCGGAGUGUGUGAGGAUGAUGAUGACAUGUACUACGACGGAUCCUGCUAUCAUACUGGUUCUGAUAGGGAUGAGGCACAGUUGAUCUGCCUACAAGGUGGUGGCAGUUUGGCAAUUGUAUCUUCCGAAGAAGAAUAUGAUUUCAUGGUGGAGAACUUUGGAGCUGGUACAUUCUAUGUCGGGGGCCAAGUGGGAUGAGAAUAACAACGAGUGGGUCUGGGACGAUGGAAGCACUCUGGAACCGAACGUUUUGGC